UUCUCCUCCUCUCGUUGAGCUCUCCAUGGCCUGGCCGCGCCGCCGCUCUCUCCUGGCCGCCUCCGGCCCUCUCCAGCGCCGGCGAGAUGGGGCUUUCGUCCGCCUCGAUGAGCUCUGUAUCCUUCCCCAAUUCGAUUUGGUUUUCCAGCUCUACCUCGUCCGCCCCCGAACCUAGAAACCCUAGCGGUCGCUGGUCGGUUUGGCCAUCGCCGGCCAACCCCCGCGCCGCCGCUCGUCGCUGCUGCUGCCCGGUGAGGCUUCGCCCUCACCCGCCGCCUCGAUGCCGCCCUACGCGCGGGCGCCGCCCUGCUCCUGCUCACGCCCGGCGCUCCCUGGCGUGGCUCCGCCGCCAUCUUCUCCCGGCCGUUGAUGGCCGCCUUCGGCGCCGCUGUUGUCUGACCCUACCAGGGCCGCCUCUCCUCCUCCCAGGUCGCCGCCACCCGCCGCCGCCGUUCCAAUGGAGUUCUGGGGCAUCGAGGUUAAGCCUGGACAGUCGGUCAAGGUCUCACCUGAAGAUGACCACUUCCUGCACAUCUCUCAGGGUGCCUUUGGUGAGGUCAAGAAAGACGACAAGGCGACCAUUUUCGUGAAGGUGGACGACCAGAAGCUUUCCAUCGGGACCCUGUCUACUGACAAGUUCCCCCAGGUCCCGUUCGACCUGGUCUUCGAGAAGGAGUUUGAGCUCUCGCACACCUCCAAGUCCUCCAGUGUCUUCUUCUCUGGGUACAUGGUUUUCCAGCCGGCCGAAGGAGACGAGAUGGAUUUUGACUCUGAAGAAGAAUCUGAAGAUGAACAGGUGGAGGAGAAAAUUGUUCCAGCCACCAAGGAAAAUGCCAAAGCUGAAGCAAAGGACAAGAAGCCAAAACAAGUCAAGAUUGAGCCUGCGAAACCAAUCUUUGGAAAUAGUAAGAAGGAUGAAGACAGUGAUGAUGAUGAGAGUGAUGAUGACCAAGACAUGAAACCUAUUUAUAGAUAAGUGAAUACACUCAAAGACAGAACAUUAUUCUACAUGUUUAGAUAACAAAGUCAUUGUUAAUUUAUUUUCCUUGCUCUUGUGAGAAAAUAUUUUAGUUAAAUCUUAACUUGUAAAGCCAACCCAGUUAACAAAAGAAGGGGUUAUUUAUCUAUAUUUGAACUUGCCAGACAGGAGGCCAGUAGAAGACGGGCCCGAGUCGACCAACGGUUCGAUGGCAUGGUACUGCUGACUGCGGCGACAGUGUCCUGCUGGCUGCAACGACAUAAGGAGAGAUAAGGACGGUGUGACAGUGGCACUACAAGCCACAAAUAGUCGAGGUUAGUUCUGUUAUGGUGAUAGCUGGACUUGAUAUCUUGGGUACAAAUAAGGUAUUUGCUACAUGCAGUUCUGUUGGCGCAUUGCUUGUUGUUUCUGGAGAUAGUUGACAAUCUUUUAGGGGACUAUAAUUGGAGUAUAAUUGCUUCAGUUUUACUGCUCUAUCUUACUACCGUUUUGGUUAUAGGUUAAACUGUCUCGGCAGAUUUCAUUGCAUUACUGUAAAAUCACUCGAUGUUUUCAUCUGCUGUGAAUACAAUGACCGAUAUAUAAUUGCUCCUCUGCAUUUCGAUGGGAAUAUUAGUUGUUUGAUUUGUUUUGUGGAUCUACAGUUCUUGACGAUGACACUUGCUUGAACAAAGACCAGGUUGUUUGGUCUCAUUUUUCUCAGAGCAAUAUUCUACUAUGUGAAGUGAAGUUGUAAAUAAACUAUUCUAUGAAAUCUGUUUUGACCAGUCACAAGUUUGUUGUUUUGUAAAAUAUGUUCUUAUGAUAUGCAAGUCAUGUAUUUGCCAAUAAAAAUUGGGAUGUACUGUAUUUUGAGUAAA